GCUCAAUCAACCAUUUAAAUGUUCAACAUGUGCUCAAAUGUAGAACCUUAAGUCGACGUCCCUUGUUCUCUCUCCCAUUUUCAUCAAGAUGUUAGGCGCGACUCCAGAAACGAAGUCGCCAGUUCGCCAGGACGAGUCAUCUCACCAGUCCACUGAACUAUAUUCAUAUACCUUCUUCUCACCGCAAGGCGCCACCUUGCGGAAAUCACUGGUCCCAAGUCUUGUUCUACCUAUAAUCUACAAUAUAAUUCUGCUUUGGGUUUGUCUCUCAUUGGUCCUUGGAUCUCUGGUUCCGAACAAUGAUGUAUCCAAACUCAAGGUAACUGCCCUCAAUCUCGAUGAUGGAGCAUUCGGUACAGGCCUAAUUCAAGGCAUCCAAGCAUCACUUAUUUCACCAGGUCCGCAUCUACGCUGGGAUAUUAUCAGUAAUGGCAACAGUGUGGAGCAAGAUGAGAAUUGGAGUCAGAACGUAAUUCAGGACGAGAAGUCGUGGGCUGUACUCCAAAUCUCCGCCAAUGCAUCUUCUAGUUUACGAGCCGCUCUAGUGAAUGGGGACUCAUCGUACAAUCCGCUAUCGGCUGUAACUCUAUAUUUCGCCUCUGCUCGCAACCAGGUCACCACGCUUGCAGUAGCUAUUCCAGCUAUCAUGGGCCUCGCAAAUCAAAUCAUCCCUGGGUUGGCUGCGAACUCCACCGCAUCCUUCCUGCGUUCAGGGCUGAAUGACACCGCUUUACAGACCAGUCUGAAUUGUCCGCAGUGCCUUGCAUUACCUUAUGCUGUAAUGCCGGUCGAUCUCAUUCCUUUCUAUCCAUCGGUGGCUUUCGGUUCCAUAAACACUGGCCUAAUCUUCCUCUUAGUGUUCACAUUCAACGUUUUCAGCAUCCUUCGAGCCACCGCCGAACUCCACGGGCAUCUCAUGACUCUCCAAACACACAUCGUAUCCCGCACCAUCAGCUCGCUGGCAUCCUACUUCAUCCUCUCCCUGAUGUACACCCUCUGCCUCCUGGCUUUCUCGAUACCCGUCACGGGGAAGUUCACCCCAGCCGGCUCCGGCUUCAUGGUCCUUUGGAUGCUAAAUUGGUGCACGAUGGGUGCGUGCGGACUGGUCAUGGAAAGCACAUUCACCAUCAUCGGGAUGAAAUGGGCGCCAUAUUUCCUGAACAUCUGGCUAAUCUCAAAUGUAUGCGGCUCUUUUACAAGUAUGGAAUUGAUGCCGGACUUCUACGAGUAUGGCUAUUGUAUGCCCUUCUACCAUGCCAUUCAAGCAAUCAGAACGAUUCUGUUCGGCACAAAGAGCCAUCUGGGCCUCAAUUUUGGAGUUCUCGUUGUUUGGGUGUUUGUCGGUUGGGCUGGCAUGGUGUUGGGUACAAUGUGGAGGAUUCGGAAGGGUAGACGGACAGGAGUGCAUCACGUGCCGUAG